GCGCGGUCGGCGGCGGCUGGGUGUCGGCAGUUCCUGUCACGUGCCGGCAGCGUUGACGGGUCAGUGGUGAGGUGUCAGUGUCAGUGACAGGUGACAGCUCGGCUCCACCUGAGACUCAGCACCAGGCAGCGGCCCGUCCAGAGAAGCCGACAUGGAGGCGCCAAUGCGCAGGGCGCUGCUAGUGGCCUGCGCGUGCUGGCUGCAGCUGCGGCCGGCCAGCGGCCAGUGGGGGGCCGCCGAUCUGGCCGGCCGGCAGAGGGGCACCCCCGGCACCCGCGAGCUCAGCACGCUGAUCUCGCUGGCCGAGCUCGGACUGAACCACACCCAGUACCUGUACGACGUGCUGGAGCCCGACAUUUACCGCACCGGUCUGUCCCUGUCUCCGGACGAGCCCGGCUCGUACCUGGCCGCCUUCAACCGACAGCGGCCCCGCGCCAAGCACCUCGCCAAGUAUGGCUACGCCAGUCUGCACGCCAGCCGCCUCAUAUCGAAAAG